AAAAGUCCUCAAUCAGAGGCUAAUGUACAACCAGUGGAUUAACAAUGAAUACCAAAUGUGGAUUAAAGUGGAAAAAAAGUGAAUUGUGACAAAACAAAACCCUAAAGGAUUAUAAAUAAAUUAGCCAAUUAACUAGUUAAUCCAAACGUAAUCAAUUUUUUUUUCUUCUUCUUAUUACAAAUCAAAUGAAAAUUAUCAACAUUUGAUACGAAAACAUGAAACAUUAUCUCUUAAUCGUUAAGGAUAAAGAUUAAGAUAAUUGUGAUGUUGAUGUUUCCUUUUACUUUUUUUUUUGAUUACCAAUUAAAACAGAAAAGCAUGAGAAUUAAAUUAAAUGGGUAAAAAUUGGAAAAGUUAAUCAGUGUAAAUGUUUUAUACGAUUAAACAUCUUCAUCUGAUUUAUGAGAGAUGAUGAUGAAAAAGGAUCUCGUUGAAUCUAAAAUUGACUAUCAUGUUAUUAUCCUGAACAAAUUACGAGCCAGUUUGGUGUCUAUUUUAGACACUUAUCAUCAUCAUCAUCAUCAUCAUCUUCAUCUUCAUCUUUUCCAUCUUCCUCUGUUUCUACUUUCUCCUCAUCAUCUUCAUCAUCAUUCACUGAAAUAGUAACAGAAACAUCUCAUUUCGCCUUUAACACAUUUCUAACCAGUGAAACAACAACAUCACCACUCUAACAAUCAACAUAUCAUUUACUAAAUCAGUUAAUUGUUUCCAUUCAAAUGUGAAUUUUUAAAUUAAAACCCUUUUCACUUUGACCCAUUUCAUUGGCCAGUAUUUAAAACCAACCAUGGACCAUAAUUAUCCCCCAGUUACACCGAUAACACCAAUCGGAUUAACAGCAACAGCGGCAACAACAACAACAGCAACAACAACAACCGGUAGUGUACCAACCGGAGUGAGUGUUGUCGGUGGUGGUGUGGGUGUAACACCAGUAACAAUACCAGGAGCUGGUCCACCGCCGACAACAAUUGCAGCCGCAACAACAGCAACAACAGCAACAACUAGUUCCCGAAAACCCGCUCGAAAAGUACCAAAAUUACCAGAAAAAGCACCUCGAUCACUUUACCUAUUCACCUUAGACAAUUGCCUACGUAAAUUUUGUAUCUCAGUGGUUGAAUGGAAACCCUUUGAAUGGUUAAUUUUAAUCACUAUUUGUUUAAAUUGUGUCGCUUUAGGAGCACAAACACCAUUUCCAGCCCAUGAUACAAAUUCAACUAAUCAAUUACUCGAGAAGAUUGAAUAUUUUUUCCUUGCCCUUUUCACCGUUGAAUGUGUACUAAAAAUAAUCGCCUUUGGAUUUUUCUUCCACCCCGAAGCUUAUUUAAGAUCUUAUUGGAAUUUAUUGGAUUUUAUAAUCGUUGUUAUCGGUAUAAUGAAUUGUAUUGUUUCCUUCAUUCUGCCAACAUUCAAUGUUAAAGCCUUACGAGCCUUUAGAGUACUAAGGCCACUUCGAUUGGUCUCAGGGGUUCCUAGUCUUCAGGUUGUGCUUAAUUCAAUCAUCAAAGCGAUGUUACCGUUAUUUCAUAUUGCACUUCUUGUGAUCUUCGUAAUUGUCAUCUAUGCAAUUAUUGGCCUCGAAAUGUUCAACGGAGUCUUACAUAAGACCUGCUUCGAUAAUAUAACAGGUGAGAUGAUGGAGGAACCCACGCCCUGCGGGGAAGAGGCCUGGAACUGUGAUGACGAGGAUCUGGAGGGACAUUAUGUUUGUCGGGCUUAUUGGGCUGGACCCAAUUUUGGAAUAACCAAUUUCGACAAUUUCGGACUUGCCAUGUUAACGGUUUUCCAAUGUAUCACCAAUGAAGGUUGGACUCAGGUCAUGUAUUGGAUGAACGAUUCAAUUGGUAAUACAUUUCCUUGGAUGUAUUUUAUCAGUCUCGUUAUUCUGGGCUCAUUUUUUGUCAUGAAUCUUGUCCUUGGUGUUCUCAGUGGAGAAUUUUCAAAAGAAAGAGAAAAGGCCAAAGCUCGAGGAGAUUUUCAUAAACUUCGAGAGAAACAGCAAAUCGAAGAGGAUCUUCGAGGUUACCUUGACUGGAUUACCCAAGCAGAGGACAUGGAGCCCGAUGAGAAAGAAAAGAAAGACAGAUUAGGUCCAGUCCAAGAGAUGGACGAUAAAACUAAUCUGGACAAUGAUGAAAUUCAACCAAAAGUGCCUUCGUUUCUUGAAACUGCCAAAGAGCGUUUCGAUGUACUCAAUCGUCGGUGCCGUCGAAGUUGCCGAAAAAUUUGUAAAUCGAAAGCACUUUAUUGGACUAUUAUCGUUCUCGUCUUUCUUAAUACCUGCACCUUGGCCUCUGAACAUCAUCGUCAACCUCCAGCACUUGAACGAUUCCAAGAUAAUGCUAAUAUAUUUUUUGUGAUACUUUUUACCCUUGAGAUGUUUCUCAAGAUGUACAGUCUUGGAUUGCAAGGUUAUUUUGUAUCUCUUUUUAAUCGUUUUGAUUGUUUCGUUGUAAUCGGAUCAAUUUCGGAAAUUGUAUUGACCAAAAAUCAAUGGAUGGAACCGUUAGGAGUCUCCGUGCUUCGGUGUGUCCGUUUACUGCGUAUAUUUAAAGUGACCAAGUAUUGGACUUCACUUCGUAAUCUCGUCGCUUCCCUGAUUAACUCAAUGAGAGCCAUUGCCAGUCUAUUGUUAUUAUUGUUCCUGUUUAUUGUUAUCUUUUCCCUGCUUGGGAUGCAAGUUUUUGGUGGUAAAUUUAAUUACUCUGAUCAACCAAAGGCUCGAGCCAAUUUUGAUUCAUUCUGGCAGGCGAUGUUAACGGUUUUCCAGAUUCUCACUGGUGAAGACUGGAAUGUUGUUAUGUACAGUGGUAUUCAAGCCUAUGGUGGGGUGGAAACUGUUGGUAUCCUUGCCUGUGUAUAUUUUUUGAUACUUUUUGUAACCGGAAACUAUAUAUUGUUGAACGUUUUCUUGGCCAUUGCCGUCGAUAACUUGGCCGAUGCUGAAAGUUUGACCACAAUCGAGAAAGAAGAAGAAGCUGAACCUGAAGAGGAAGCGGAAGAAGAGAAACCAAUUGAUGAGAAUGGUGAUGAAGAGGGUUUAGAUUUACCUUCUAGUUUAUCAAGAGGCGGAAGUGAAACAGGGUCAAGACGGAAGAGGAAAAAAUCAUUCUACAAGAAUACCGGAAGUGCCGAUGGUCUAAGUGACCUUGAAGUUGGAGGAGUUGAUGGAGAUACAAUAAAAGGAGAUGGAUCAAUGACCAUUCUAAAUAGACCAAGACACAAACCCGAUCCGGAUCAAAUCUUUGUUAAAGUUGAUGCUGAUGAUGAGGAUAAUCAUGAUAAAGAGGGUGGGGACAGUAAUGAUAAAGAAAAUAUUGAUAAUCUUGACAAUGGGAAUAAUAUUAAUGGCGAUGGUGAUAUUGAAGGCGGUGGGGGCGAUGGUGAUGAUGAUGGAGAUGGAGAUGAGGAGGAGGAGGAAGAAGAUGCUGGUGAAGGUGGGACAGCUCGACGUAUAUCCGAUCCAGCAGAGACCAUGAAAGUGAAACCCAUUCCUAAUUAUUCAUCAUUUUUUAUCUUUGGCCCUAAAAAUAGUAUCAGAUUAUUUUGUUAUAAAGUAAUUAAACAUAGUCUAUUUGGUAACUUUAUUUUGGUUUGUAUUAUGAUCUCUUCAGCCAUGUUAGCGGUUGAAGAUCCACUGGAAGGUAAUCGUGAUCGGAAAAAGAUUCUGGAAACUUUUGAUGCGAUAUUUACAAUUGUCUUUACAAUUGAAAUCUUAUUAAAGACAACAGUCUAUGGUGUGGCUCUUCAUAAAGGCUCAUUUUGUCGAGAGCCUUUUAAUAUAUUGGAUGUUCUUGUUGUCGCCUGUUCAUUGUUGUCAUUUCUUCCAGAGAGCGACGAGUUGAGUGCCGUUAAAAUUUUACGAGUUCUAAGAGUCUUAAGGCCACUUCGAGCCAUCAACAGAGCAAAAGGUUUAAAGCACGUUGUUCAAUGUGUAAUUGUUGCAAUUAAGACCAUUGGUAAUAUUAUGUUGGUCACUUUUUUGCUCAACUUUAUGUUUGCUGUUAUUGGAGUUCAAUUGUUCAAGGGAAAAUUUUACCGAUGUACCGAUGAAUCAAAAGAGACACCCGAAGAUUGUCAGGGUUUCUUCAUUGAUUUUGAAGAUGGUGACAUUAAUCGGCCCAUAAUUAAGGAACGGACUUGGGACAAUAAUGUCUUCAAUUUUGACGACGUAGCGAAAGCCAUGUUAACCUUAUUCACUGUAUCAACUUUUGAAGGUUGGCCAACGCUACUUGAGGUUUCGAUGGAUUCUCGAGCGGAAGAUCUUGGCCCAACGAUGAACUAUCGUCCGGUUGUGUCCAUUUUUUACAUAAUCUAUAUCAUUGUGAUCGCUUUUUUCAUGGUAAACAUUUUCGUUGGUUUCGUUAUCGUUACCUUUCAAAAUGAAGGUGAACAAGAGUAUAAGAACUGUGAACUCGACAAGAAUCAACGUAAUUGUAUUGAAUUUGCGCUAAAGGCCAGGCCAGUUCGUCGGUAUAUUCCCAAGCAACGGAUCCAGUAUAAAGUUUGGUGGUUUGUCACCUCAACAUAUUUCGAGUAUUUUAUUUUCAUCUUAAUCUUGGCCAAUACAACGACUCUCGCCAUCAAGUUCAAUGGUCAAUCGCAAACGUACACCGAAGUACUCGAAAAGUUGAACCUUGUUUUCUCCGUUAUUUUUGCGAUAGAAUUCAUUUUAAAGUUAUACGCUUUUCGAUUUAAAAACUAUUUCUCCGACUUUUGGAAUAUUUUGGAUUGUAUUUUGGUUCUUGGGUCAUUUGUCCAUAUCGGCCACGAUGUGAUCGUUAAAAAGGCCUCGAAUUUGACCAAAGAAGGUGCUGGAGGUUCUAAACCAUUUAACAUGAACUUUUUCCGUCUUUUUCGAGUUAUGAGGUUGGUUAAGCUUCUUGCUCGAGGUGAAGGUAUUCGAACUCUUCUUUGGACAUUUGUAAAGUCUUUUCAAGCGCUUCCCUAUGUCGCUCUGCUCAUUUUACUACUUUUCUUCAUCUAUGCGAUCGUGGGUAUGCAAACCUUUGGUAAGAUUGCACUUGACUCGAACACGGCCAUUGAUAGGAACAAUAAUUUCCAAUCGUUUUUCCAGGCCAUUAUUGUUUUGUUCCGUUCGGCAACCGGUGAAUCCUGGCAAGAGAUUAUGAUGGCCUGUACCGAUCAACCAGAGACCAAAUGUGAUCCCGCUGCUCGGUCAAAGGAGAAAUGUGGGUCACCUUUGGCCUACCCUUACUUUAUCUCUUUCUACAUAUUAUGUUCAUUUUUAAUUAUUAACCUUUUCGUUGCCGUUAUCAUGGAUAAUUUUGAUUAUCUAACCAGAGAUUGGUCAAUCUUGGGUGCUCACCAUUUAGAUGAAUUUGUCCGUUUAUGGUCAGAAUAUGAUCCCGAUGCAAAGGGACGAAUCAAGCAUCUUGAUGUGGUCACUUUACUAAGGAAAAUAUCUCCACCCCUUGGAUUUGGUAAACUGUGUCCACAUCGAAUCGCUUGUAAGAAACUCGUCUCAAUGAAUAUGCCUCUUAACUCGGAUGGUACCGUUAUGUUCAAUGCGACCUUAUUUGCUUUGGUUCGAACCAAUUUAAGAAUCAAAACUGAUGGAAACAUUGACGAAGCCAACGAAGAGCUUAGAGCUAUUAUCAGGAAAAUUUGGAAACGAACCUCACCCAAACUCUUGGAUCAAGUUGUCCCACCGGCGGCUGAUGAUGAGGUAACGGUGGGUAAAUUUUAUGCCACCUUCUUGAUCCAAGAUUAUUUCCGACGGUUCAAGAAACGUAAAGAGGAAAGAGAUAAACAUGGUAAUAAGGAUGAUGAAAAUACGGUUGCCCUUCAGGCUGGACUACGGCGAUUACACGAGUUUGGACCGGAAAUACGAAGAGCAAUUUCCGGGUCAUUGGAUGAAGAUCAUUUCGUGGACAGUCAGGAAGCGGAGCCCAUGCAUCGACGGAAUCAUUCACUUUUCGGUAACGUUUGGUCAACUGUUAGAGGUAAACGGAUACCAAUGGGACCACCAUUAUCUCAGGGGAAUCAUUUCAGAAUGAAGGAACUUGGUAUCAUGGCAAAUCCUGGACAAGAAGAUCCAUUCGGGAGCUAUUGUCAUCAUCAUAAUCGACAAUUUCAUCAUCAUCAUCAUCAUCAUUAUCAUCAUAAUCAUCCCCAUCAUCCGUAUCCUUUAUAUACAUUAACUAACAAUGAGUGUCCAGGGUUACCAAUGAUGCACGAAAUUGGGUCAACAUUAUGUCCACCCCAACAUCAACAUCAUCAUCCACCACCACCACCACCCACAUCAUCAUCAUCAUCAUCAUCUUAUUGUUAUCGAGAUAAUAUUUUUCAAGUAUGUCCAGUCUGUGGUAUUAACAAUGACCAAUUGCAUGUUGACCAACAACAGCAACAGUUGAUUGCAAAUGAAUAUUCAACUAACACUGAUGAUGUUGCUGAUGAUGAUCAGAUAUCAGUCUUAUCAUCAACAUCACUACCUCCUCCCCCACCACCACCUCCACCUCCACCUUCAUCAUCAUCAAUACAACCAAUGAUGCUGAUUGACCCUCGAUGUCCAUGUACAGUUGACCAAUCAACUACUGAUACUAAUUCAUCAUCAACAGUUGAUUUUAAUCAUCGAUCUCAAAGAUUAUCUUUCCAACGACCUGCCAUUGCUGUUGUAAGUGUUUCCAUUGAUGAAGAUGAAAUUAACCGACCUCAACCUCCCACUCCACCUCCUCGUAAACAUAUCAUUAAAUCAUCGUCUUUCCGUCGGCAUCUUCCCUGUUUAUCGAAACAGGAAAGUUCAGAAUCAAAUUCUCCUUCACUUUUGGCCUUAUCUCGACUUUAUAUUGGUUCAAAUAGUUUAACAAAUUUAACCUUAGAUUAUAAUCUAACCACAAGUGACCUACCCACCGAUAAACCGCCGACACCACCAACUCGAUCUUCGAUUGGCCUUGGUUCGUUUUUAUCUAGUAGACACUUUUCUCAUCAUUCCAUUGACCCAAGAGAUUUGAAUUCUUGUUCGGGAAUCUCUUCGAUUAGUAAUAAAAUUAGUUCAGGUCAUGGGUCAAAUUCUGCUCCAACCUCAGCUCGUCCUCGUUCUGGGGGAAGUAGAGGAGAUGAUGAAUCUUUUUGUGAUAAGUCACCUCGUCAUUCUCAUUCUCAUCGACGUCGAGCCAUGUCUAAUGUUGCCGCUUCUCUUAGGUUUGUCCCCGUUCCAGCAAUGGCCGUGGCUGGUUUUCUUCCGGAAGCAUCGGUCUUUGGAUCAAGAGGAAGUCCACUGAGAGCCUCUUAUCAUGGUAAAGCUUCAGAAAAACAAUAUAUUCCCGUUCCUGGUAAUAUGAAUGAUAAAAGAUCCAUGGAGGUUGUCGGCUCAGCCGAAUCGCUGGUCGGUCGGGUUCUUCAGGAACAAGGAUUGGGCAAAUUCUGUGACCCUGGUUUCUUACGUGCUACUCAACGGGAAAUCGCUGAAGCUUUUAACAUGACACCCGAAGAAUUGGAUCGAGCCGCUCAUCGAAUUCUGGAAGCUGAACGUAAAUCAUCACCGCCGCCCUCAGGUCAACAAUCUACCUCAGCUGCUGUCACUCCCAAUGGGACGACUCCCGUUCAUCAUUCAAGUCUAAAUCUGACCCGAGGGGGAGGACGAAACUCAACUAGACAAACAACAACGGGAACAUCAAACCCGCCGAGUCCACAAAAAUCACCCUCGAGUCCAAGUGAUGGUGAAGACGAAGAUAAAUAUAAAGAUACUAAAUUGUAAAUGAAA